AUGGGUAGCGACGUUCCCCCCGUAGAAGCCAUCUUGGAGGUUGCUGGUCUUCACCAUGCCGCAGUCAAACGAUCAUGGUACCGCCGGGUGUUCUUUCAGGCCACUGUCGUUGGUUGGUGCGCAUUUCUGGCUCCUGGUCUGUACAACGCCAUGCAGUCGACUGGUGCCGGUGGCCAGGAGACUCCGUACCUGGUUAUGGCCGCGAAUUCUGUUCUCGGUUGUAUGAUGGUUCUUACUUGUGCUCUUGGAAGCGUAGUUGCAAACAAGAUUGGCCUGAAGAAUGCAAUGAUCUUUGGAACGACCGGAUACUGUGUGUAUGCGGCGUCUUUGUAUACCAGCAACCGAUAUGGCAAUCAAUGGUUUGUGUACUUGGGAUCGGCUGUAUGUGGAAUCACGGCAGGAAUUUUUUGGGCGGCUGAAGGAGCUAUUAUGAUCAGCUACCCGGAAGAUUCCAGUCGAGGCCGGUAUCUGGCUUAUUGGCUUGCUUAUCGCAAUGGAGGAUCGAUCAUCGGCGGCAUCAUCAACUUGGCAUUCAAUUACAGUGGCACAAAAACUGGGAGCUUAGACUGGCGGACGUACAUCGUAUUUGUUGCACUCCAAUGUGCAGCGCCAUUCGUCGCUUUGCUUUUAUCGCCUCCUAAUAAAGUGCAGCGAGGGGAUGGCCAGCAAGUGAAAGCCCCGGAAAAGAUUCACACCUUGACAGAGAUCAAAGAGGUCAUAAAGAUCCUCGGCCGCAAAGACUUUCUUCUUGUCGCACCCUUUUUCUUCUACGCAACAUUCUUAUUGUCAUAUGCUGGUUCAUACCUGUCUCUCUACUUCAGUGUACGAUCCCGGGCCCUGGCUUCUUUGGUUUCAGCCCUAGCGCAGAUCACGGCAAAUAUCCUCUUUGGCAGUUUUCUUGACUGGAAGCGACUGUCCUUGAAUCAGCGUGCCAGGUUCUCGUAUAUCGGCUUGAUGGCGCUCUUCGGGGGCACAUGGAUUUGGGCCACCGUCAUUCAGCACGAGUAUGGAUUACACAAGCCGGAUUUGGACUGGGUUGAUAAAGGGUUCGGCAGAGGCUGGGCCUUGUAUAUUAUACUGCAGGUCAACUUCGCCCUCGCAUAUAACUACGGAUACUGGCUCGCAGGCUAUAUGGCCAAAGACCCGGCAGAAAUCGUCCGUUUAACAUCGACAGUGCGCGCUGUCGAGGCUGCUGGCGGAGCUGUCGCAUCUGGCAUUAGCUCAACUCACGCACCGCUAAUUGUGGCUGUGGGAGUGAAUUUCGGUCUUUGGGGCCUGGCAGUCAUUCCAACAUACCUUGUUGCCCGCAAGAUUGGCGUAGGUGUUGAGAACACGACUGCCAGUCUCGAGGAACAAGGGCCCAAGAGAGGCGGGGAAAUUUCUGAUUGA